UGGGUGUACAGCCUGUUGCUCCUCCUCACUUUACAUUGGAUAUAUAUCACACAGUAAGGACGUCCCAUUGCUCUUAAAAAUCAAAUUUCCUUGCUUUCUUCUCCCUUCGCGACAACAUUACAUAUUAAGCCAACAUUAUCAGACAGAACACUGAAUGUGGCAAGAACUUCAAAUCUUACAUUUAGACUUUUGAAAAGGGAUUUUAGCGUUUCUCCAUGCAUCCCUGGUGGGAGGGACUUUAAACCGCAAGGAAAAGACGUAAACAAGGGACGCAAAGGAUGGAAAUUAAGGGAAGUGAUAUUACGCAGCUAGUGCAUGGUGCAGAAAACAUGUCCUCCACUCAGAGAAAAGAACUGGGCCGUGCACUGUGCAUCAUAACCGGGGCCUCAAGGGGCUUUGGUCGGACUGUAGCGAGAGAGUUGUCCCGGUUAGUGAAGCCGGGAUCGGUGCUCAUUCUCACGGCUCGCUCGGAGGAAAACCUGCGGUCUCUGGAGGUCGAGCUGGCCGGGUCAGAGGCAGGUAAAUCCGGCCUUUUGGUGCAGUGUGUACCGGCAGACCUGGCUCAGAUGGCGGGGCUGCAGAGCGUCGUUUCAGCUUCGAGGGCAGCUUUCUCUGAACACAUAGAUCACGUGAUACUGGUCAACAACGCUGCCUCUCUAGGGGAUGUGUCUCGUUUCACCAGCAGCUUCACAGAUAUGGCCGAGGUUGACUCCUACCUGUCCCUGAAUGUGACUUCCUGUUUGUGUCUGACGGCCCGCCUCCUUCAGGCUCUCCCCCCCCGAUCAGGGCUCUGUCGCUCCGUCGUCAACAUCACCUCGCUGUGCGCCCUGCAGCCUUUUAAAUCCUGGGCGCUUUAUUGCACUGGAAAGGCAGCUCGGGAGAUGAUGUUCAAGGUGCUGGCAGCGGAGGAGCCAGACCUCCGGGUGCUGAGCUACGCCCCAG